CCACUAUAGAGUUUUUCGGUACGCCCCCGUUUUCUCUCUCUCUUCUCCUCUUUUUCCGUUUCCCUUUUUUCGAAAGAAUUAUACUUGAUAUUGGGAUUGCAAAUCGACAAGCUCUCGUCCUCGGAUCAUUCAUACACGUUUUUGCCCCUUCCCCCCCUUUUUCAUCUCAAUCUCUCUCUGAAAUCAAAGCCUUUCCUCGCUCGCUUUCUCAAUAUACUUCUAAGCUUCCACUUCUUCUCUCUUUGAUCGUUCUUAGCAACACGGGGAAACGAGGUUUCAAAUUCUCACUCAGGAGCUGGUUGUUGCAGAGUCGAAGUGUCUACAAUUUAUCAUACAUGGAAGAAUAUCCUAGUAAAAGAGCUGCUGAUGGAUACGUAUCCAGAAGGGGACCCGGUGCGAUUUUGAGAGAUACUGCAAAUAACAGAGACCAAGAUGGUAAAUAUUGUAGCCGAAUUGGUUGCAGUGGCAGACUAAACUCCCCAAAGGGCACUCGGAGUAGUUAUUCAGAGAAACUUAAAUCUCCAUUGCAGUCUUUUCGAACCAAUUCAAGUGGCAAAGAAGUUGUCGGAAGUUCCUCUAGGACUUACUAUGCUGUUCGCGGUUCCAAGAAAUCUGUAGCUGAAACUCGGAGAAAACUGUCCACCCAGUUAGAAACAGACUCUUCAGAAACUAGUAGCACCCAGGAUGAGCCAGAGAUUUCACAAGUUGUCCCGUCAAAUGAAAGGAUACGAACAGGGCUUCAUGUCGGUUUUAAAAGUUCCGACUCUGCAGAUGACACAAUGGAACCAGGAAGCUCCAACGCUGCAUCUAACACUAGAGGGCGAAGGGAUUUCAAUCGGAGAUCUGGAACGCGUAGUAAGGAUACUGCAGCAGGUUCUUCUGUGGUGACGGGGCCUAAAAGUUCUCGCCAGACGUCACGUGGUGGUGCAGGUAGGCAUACCUUGAGAAAUUUCAGAUGUAAUUCAAUAUCUGAUGUCAUCUCAUCAGGUUGUUCUUCAUCAGAUCCAAAUCUUAGUAAACGGAAGGAUACAGCCAAAAAAAGGAAUUCUGAAGCAGAAAGUAGCUCUACGGGAGGAAAGAAGAUGAAUGGAUCAUCCUCAGAAAGAAGGAUUACGAGCUCUGGUUAUGGCGUUUCAAUAUCUGAUUCAAGAGGAGCCAAAAAUGGAACUUCUCCCAGGGAAAAUGGCAUUGCAGGUCGAUCUAGGGCAUCAAUCAACGGGAUGUCAAGAGCAAGAUCGCAUGGCAACAGACCCGACAGAAACAGUACAUCGUUGCAAGAGUCACGGUCCAUGAUCUCUCAGGUGCCUCAUGUUCAUCAACCCGACAGCUCAAUAGAUAGUAAUGCGCAUGAAGUCUCUACAGAUUUGAUUUCAGAUCACCCAAUUUCUUACAGACGAUCAGAUAGCAUCAAUGAGAAUAUACUUGGUAAUAGACCUGCUAGUCCUGCAGAAAUUGGAUUGGCACGCACUUUAGCAACUCGAGAUAGCUUUCGACACUAUGGUAUUGCAGAGGUAUUGUUGGCUCUUGAAAGGAUUGAACAUGAAGAAGAGCUAACUUAUGAGCAAGUAAUUCUUUUAGAGACCAACCUUUUCCUUAGUGGCUUAAACUUCUAUGAUCAGCAUAGAGACAUGAGGCUGGAUAUUGAUAACAUGUCAUAUGAGGAAUUACUAGCUCUAGAAGAGAGAAUGGGAAGCGUGAGUACAGCGGUUACCGAGGAAGCAUUGUCACAGUGCUUGAAUAGAAGCACAUAUCAGUCUAGACAUGCAGAGAAUACAUCUGCAGGCAGUAGCGAGGGCAGCAGCGAGUACGAGGAUGGCGUCAAAUGUUGUAUAUGCCAGGAAGAAUACUCGAAUGGAGAUGAAGUCGGGACGCUGCAGUGUGAGCAUACUUACCAUGAAGGGUGCAUACAACAGUGGCUGCGGCUGAAGAACUGGUGCCCCAUUUGCAAAGCAUCUGUGGAGGAACCUGCUUCAGCUUUGCCUUCAUAAUUCGUUUGAUUGUGUCCAGAAAAAUGAAAAAAGAAAAAAAAAAAAAAGGAAAAUGGAGGAGGAUCAAUCUUCUCCCCCCACCCAAGAUUUAUUGUACAUAGCAAAUUCUGUUCUAUUAAAACCCUACUUAAUAAGCACAGGCCAGCCAUUGGCUUUAAAAUCAGAAACUCAGUCUUAUCUGUGAAUGAAAUCCUCUCAUCUUGUACA